AUGAGAGCGUCCACCUCGUUCAAUGUCGCCUUCGCCGCCCUUUGUGGCCUCGCCACCUGGGCCUCGUCCGCUAGCUCGGCUGCCAUCGAGAGGGCCGCGGCCGAUGCCAAGGUUGGCUACGCCUUCUUCUACUUUCGCGGCGACUCCGCGGGCCAAGAAGAGGUGUUUGCCGCCGUUUCCAAGGGCAACAGCCCGCUGUCGUGGGACCUCAUCAACGGCGGCAACGUCUUUCUGAGCUCGAACCAGGGGACCACGGGCGUGCGGGAUCCUUCGAUCGUUGCCUCGCCCGACGGCAGCAAGUUCUACAUGCUCGGCACGGACCUCAAGGUGUCGGCCACGACCUGGAGCGCCUCGGCCCGCACCGGAUCGCGCAGCAUCCUGAUCUGGGAGAGCACCGAUCUGGUCAACUGGGGACAGCCAGCGCUGAGGGAGGUGGUGGGUCCGACGGCGGGUAACGCCUGGGCGCCCGAGGCCAUCUGGAACCCGAGCAGUCAGUUGUACGAGGUCUUCUUCUCGUCUGCCAUCUACCCGGCCAGCGACCCCAAGCACGAGACGGGCACGUACCAGCGGGUGAUGAAGACGACGACCAAGGACUUUGUCUCGUUCACCCCGGCGGUGCCGUACAUCGACGACGGCAAGAACGCCUACAUCGACACGACGUUCCUGCGGGCGGGCUCGAAGCUGUACCGCUUCACCAAGGACGAGAACUCGGUGUCGAGCAGCGACCCGAACGGCAAGAUGGUCUUCCAGGACGUCUCUUCGGACGAUUCGCCAGACGGCAAGUUUACGCGGGUGGCCAACGCGAUCGGCAAGGGAUCCAUCAGCCAGGGCGAGGGCCCCACGGCCUUUGUCGACAACAAUGAUCCCAACAAGUCGUGGCUCUUCAUCGACGAGUUUGGCGGCCGCGGCUACGUGCCCUUCUACAGCACCGAUGUGGCCUCGGGCAAGUGGCAGAUUGCGUCGGACUGGUCGAUGCCGAGCAACAAGGCGCGCCACGGCACCGUGCUGCCCGUCGACCAGAAGCGGUACGAUGCGCUGCGGAAGCUGGUCAGGGCAUGA